UUGCAACAACAACAGAGCACAAAUAAUUCGGAAGAAGAUGGCACGAAGCAGAAGCACAAGAAGAAGGGAGCGGAUGCGAGCACGCGGAAAAAGGCCAAGAAAUCUGGCGAGAAAGAGGUAUCGCUUUGGAAGAUAUAUGCUGUCUAGUAGAUUUUGACCCGCUUAUUAGGAUCUUGUUAAGAAUUGCAGAACUCAACUGAUAAUAUCAGUUAUGACGUGGCAAAGUUUAAAAUUUUCGAAAAAUCGUGAAGUUAUAGCCAUCUAAAGUCACGAUUUCUAGAAAUUUCCAACUUUGCCACGUCAUAACUGAUAUUAGGAGUUGAAUUCUGCAACUUUUGACAAGAUACCAAUCAGCGAGUCAAAAUCUACUUUGAAAUCUCUGGAAUUUCAAAAGCCCAACAAAAAUCUAAUGUAAAAAUCAAUUUUUCAGCGCGAUUUGGAGAAGACGAAACGGCGAAAGGAUGUGGCGGUGAAAAAAUCGAUUUUCAAUUCGCCCGUCAAAACUGAGCAACAAAUGAAGAAGGAGAAACAGGAGGGAUUCUUCAAAUCGAUUUUUCAGCGAGCAAAAACCUCGUUUACCGGCAAAUUGGACAAGUCUGAUGAUUCGUUCAUCGCGUGAGUUGGUUUUUUCGAGGAAAAGUUAGGCCGUGGCCUAGAAAACCGAAAUGUUUUACUGAUUUUCGUGGAAAAGCUAGGCCACGACCUAGAAUUCGCAAUAUUGUUCAAAAGAAGUAAACAUAAUUUCUGAUCAGAUUGUUUUCUGAAAAAUCGACAUUUAUUUUCAAAUUUACCAAUCUUGAAUUAAUUUUUUUCAAAAAAAAAGAGAACUUUCUGGAAAAUCCAUCAAAAUUCCCAUUUUCCCCUCGAAAUCCGCAUUUCAGCGCUCCCGAAACCAUCCAAAAAGCAGUCGAUGUUCGUGCCGAAUACGGUUGUCCCGAAGACUACGGUAUGCCACCCGACAAACCCAUCGACUCGAAUUACGACAACAAUGGUGCCCUCUUCGUCAAAGGUCGCCCGUUUUGGUGUCUGAAAGACGAGAAACCGCCGCCCCCGAAACACUGUGUAAUGAGUACGGCUAUGAGGAAAUUUAUGGACAAAUCGUGGCAAAUGGCUGAUCCGAUUACUGAACCGUAGGGAAUUUUUUGAAGAAGAAAAUUGGGUAAUUUUUCAUUUUUUUUUUCAGAACUGAUUUGGAUCCUUAUCAUAAUUUGGAAUAUAUUCAAGCUAGAGAUUGGAUUUAUAUGAAAAAUGAUAAACAGGUGAGAAAAUGCCCUAAAUUUCCGGAAAAAAACAGAAUUUUCUUGCAGAUCUUCAGUAACACAAUUCGAUCGCUCGGUUUGAUGGCCAACAUGAAGAUUAAAAGAUCGGAAAAAUCGGAGAUUGAUCUGGACACGACAACUCAAGUCAUGUCGAAAUCGACAAUGACAUUUGUGGCGGCCAACAAGUUGAUUCAAUACAAUCGGAAAAAUCGACACGAUCUGACGAAUACGAUUGCAUUUACACCGGGAAUCACCAAAAAACAGAGAAUCAAACAUCCUGGACUUCAUGGAAAAAAGGGAUGA